GGUACUGUUUUGAAUCUUAAAAAUGAAGGGUCGCUAAAAAUUAAGUCUUCAGUCCCUUUUAAGAAAUCAAGUAUAGGAAUUUUCGGUUUCGAUAAUCAAAUUUUAUUUCAGGUCAAAAUGGCGGGAAAAGCUAAACUUUCUCUUGAUCAAAUAAAAGCGUUUAACAUUGCUGCCGUUAAAUUCGAGACUCAAGGAGCAGACAAAAGCUUGGAAGAUGUUGAUAAGAUCGUUAAUGCUCUCUCACAGAUCAAUAGUACUGAGGUUUGGAAUUCAUCGUCUCCUGAUAUAUCUGAUCUUUUAUUCAACUGUGGUCAACUUAUACAAGUACUAGACUACAAGUGUGGGACUACAUGGAAUCUGAUAAGUCUACUGUACAAGAUAAGAGAUUCAUCAAUUUUGAGCCAGAAAGCUGGUCAACUGCUUCCUGUCCUUGCUAGAUUGCUUCACAGUAUUCCCAGCACUACUCAUACUGUUAUGUGGGGAGGGGAAGCACUGCGCGAAUCUUGCGAGCGAGCAGGGGGAGCCCUCCGCAAUUUUUUUAAGGAAUUCGCAUACAGAGUGAGUAUUUUCAUUGCUUAA